GACCGUAUAUAUAUCUCAGAGCAGCCCUGGCCGCUCUUCUUCCAUCUCAUCAACCAUUCAUCCAUCAGCAAUUUCAUCAAGCUCAAGCGCUGCCCAAUUACCACCAUCAUUGUCUUUACACUGCAAUUACUAGCAAUCCGACUACCACAACAUCUCCCACUGUCAUUAGCCGCAGCGCUAGCUCUUUUGUCAUCGGACGACGUCGACACCUGCAUCGAGCUAGUCGUCACACCCAGUGCUUUCGUUACUGAAACCACAAGCAACAAACUACACGAGGAAGGAAGAAAAGAUGAAGGGAAUCAAGCGUGCAACAGGGAAUAAGCUCAAAAGGCUUGGAAAUAGGUGGGCACCAGAUCGGACGGUUCCUCCAAACACCAACCAGGACGAAGACAACAACAAGACACCCAGAACAAAUGUAACCGAGGAAGACAACAGAAGGCCUAGAACACCGCGAACCCCUGAGGCUCGGGGAUCCACUGGAAAUACGCCCCGCCAGUCCGUCGGACGGCCACCCAUCGUGUUGCCAGUCCUCAUGGUCGACGUAGACACAGGCGCUGUCACAUAUGCCCCCAUAGGAACCCAGCCACCACCGCCCCCUCCGGGACAACAGUUCAUUCAGGCACCACCGCCCGGUCAACAGCAACCCGGUCACCAACAGCCCGUUCAGCAGGGACAAAAUACAGGACAGAUUGCUCAGGAAGCCGUAGCCGGAACACAACAAACUCCUGGAAACCAACCUCGGCCUGAAGACGAAUACCCUCCUGAAGAAAACCAUCCUCCUAAAAACCAAGACCCUCGUAGAGACCCUCCUGGUGGUGGAGCCUCUGGCGGGACUUCAUCUGGUGGCGGCACUUCUUCUGGCUGGGGAGGCACUUCUGGCGGUGGUGCCACUUAUGGUGGUGGAGCCACUGGUGGCAGUAGAGCGCCUACUCAAGGCGGAAGUGGUCGUACCGGCGCAGCAUACGAGGCAGAAACCACAGCCCCCAUCACCGAGGCGACCAACCAGUCUUCUUCGAUAGGGCAGAAAGGGAACAAGCCCAUGCAGAAGAAGGCCCAACGCGAAGCUCGGAGGGACCGCAGAGCCGCUGCCUCCAAUACUGGUGAAGGGCCUUCCAUCGGCUCCACAACCAAUUCACCCAGAAGACCUCGACAGAACUCUGCACCCACCGACGACAAGACUGGUGCCGGCUCUGCCACAGGCACCAAUGUCUUCCAGCCUCCUCGCGGUAUAAAGCUGGCGAAAACUCAGCAAGUGACGGACUCAAGACCCUCGCCUCCGCACACAUAUGUAAGUUUUCCUCCGUUUGAGGACGCGGUUCAUGAGAAAGAGGACUCGACGAGGGCUGACCGUGGUGGUCCGGUGUCUAAGAACCCGCAUGGGGUCCUGAGGCUAGACCAAGGAGGACCAUAUCCACCGCCGCCGCCGUUCAAGGCAACGCUAGCCACGAACGAGGAAAUUCGCAUGUAUGCGAGCAACGUCAUCAUCAUGGAUGCAGAGAACGGCGCGGUGGAGGCUGCCCUUGAAGCCGCUGCCGAAUCAGGCGUAACCAUUCCGCCUUCUCAAUUGGCUUCGGAGACGACGCCCUUGCCCCCGCCCGAACCCCCUCCCACGUACGCUGCUGCGCGCGCCGAGGCAGAAGACAAUGUCGACUUUGCGGUCGCGGGCUUUGAGAACAUUGACCUUGCCACGUUCGAACGCCGCGAGACCGAGGCAGCAGCUCAGGCCGAAGCAGCUCAGGCCGAGGCAGCCCGGACAGAGACCGCACAGACCGAAGCAGAAGCAGAUCCGACGCCAGGACCGCCUCCUGCAGAGCUCGUGGCACUGACGGAGCUUGCAGCUGGUAUGGGACCGGCAGCAAGAUCAGCGGCGGCACAGAUACUCGCGCACCAAGGGCCUUCUGUGUCUGUUGUCGGAGGCACGACGGAGACGGGGUAUGCGUACAACCGUUCCUUGGAGGAGAUUUCGGAGGCAGCGGAGGAUGCUGAUGACGAGGCAACGCUUGUGGAAGGGAGGACUGCGAGCAGGUGUUGAUGGCGAAAGACUAUUUGGGUCUGGGUUGUGUCUGGGGACUGGAAGACGGGUUUACUAGGUGUUUAGGAUGGGUGUAUGAAGGAUGGCAGGAGCAGGGAUGGGAUGCCUGCAGCCUGAGCGCGUGGGUUGAAGUAUACGUAUAGGUGUUCUUGCGUUAGUCUUAAUGUUGGUGUUGGCAAUUCAUACAACUCGUUGAGUUGUUGACAUGAUACGUACUGGACAAUUCAUGUCUCUUGACUGCUACAGCCAGCCAUCGAUGCUUUCGUGCUCUUGUUCCCACUCACACGCCCUAC